AUGCAACAACAACGUCGACGUCCACCUGUUCCAGCGUCACCUAUAACUUUAAAUAAUAAUUCUAGUCGACCUAUACGUCAAACAAGUCGAAAUAUGUCAAUGACAGUGAGUCCAUGUUCUGGUUGUUCUCAACCGAUGUAUAAUCCACUUUUAUCAAAUGUUCUUGAUCGCUUAUGGCAUCCUGAUUGUGUUCGAUGUUUUGUAUGUCGAUGUAUACUUAAUGAACAAUGUUAUUCACGUGAAGGAAAACUUUAUUGUAAAGAUGAUUUUAUUAAAAAAUAUAUUCAUCGUUGUUUUUCAUGUCAAAAUUUAAUUCAAUCACAUGAAUUAAUUCGUCGUGUUCGAAUAGAUCGAAUUUAUCAUGCUGAUUGUUUUAUUUGUAUGAAAUGUAAACGUAUAUUACAAGAUGAUGAUAUAACAUCAUUAAUGCCAUCAGAUGGUUUACCAUUGAAUGAUAUGGAUUAUUUAUGUCAAACAUGUUCAAAAUCAAUUAAAUCUUCUACUGGAACAACUUCAUCAUCAAAUGCCGAUGAAGAAGAAACAACGGAUAGUGAAAUUUCAAAUACAACAAAUGGAAAAAUACAAUCUAUUGAUAGACAAAUAUCAACAACAAUCAGUAUGGAUGUACAACCUACUAAUUCUGAUCAAUCACCAAUAUCAAAUAUACCUGUUCUUUCAUCUAUUGAACAAUUAUCUCUUCAAUCGACAACUACAUCAGUUACAGAUAAUCAGUCACAAUCUAUGCAAGUCGAUGAAGUUUCAACAUUGAAAACAUUAACAUCACCUGUUAAAACACAUUCAUCAUCAUCAAAUUCAUCUGCUACAGUACCAUCUGAAACACUUGAUGAAACAGUAACACCACCGCCACCACCACCGCCAUCAAAAUCAGCUGGUCGACCAACAAAAGCUCGUCAAAAUAGUAAUAAACGAUCAUCAGCUAAAUCAAAAACAAUAACACAAGCAUCUCGUCAAAAACAAACAACUACUAAUGAAAGAAAAGGUCGUUCACCAACAACAAGAUCUAAAUCAUCGGGUACCUCAACAACUGUACAAACACGAUCAAGUAAUCGUCGUAAUACAAAAACAUCACGUUACCGUAAACGAAAUUUUUCAAGUGGUAGUGAUGAUGAUGAAACUGAAGAAGAAGAUGAUGAUGGUGGUGAUGAUGAUACAGAUUUUACUGAAGAGGAUGAUAUGCACGAUAACGAAAGAGAAGGUAGUCGUUCACCUACAGUUAAAACAAAAUCAUCUAAAACUACAAAUGAGAAAAAAAAUGAAUCCGAACCUAUAACAACAACAACAACAACUCCAUCAACAUCAACAAUAACAUCAGUUUCAACACAAUCAAAAAUUUCCGAACCAUUAUCAUUACUUAGUGGACUUUCAUCAAAUCCUAUGUCUGUUUCAUCGAUUAUGAAAUCAGAUAUUCCAACAAGUUUUAUGCGUCCAAAUUUUAAUCAAACUUUUCCAACACCACCACAAUUUUUACCAUCAAAUCAUCCAUUUUCACCCGGUUUUCCUUUACAAGCAAGGCUUCCAAUGCCACCACCACCAUCAUCAACUAUUUCUCAAUCACAACCUGCAUCUGUAUCUGAUACACAUCGUUCAUCUCAUUCAACAAAUGUUUCUGAAACAGAUUCACUCGACCGUUCAUUAAGUCCUUCACAAAUGGAUACAUCAACAACUGUUGAAUCAGGAUCAUCAACACGUUCAACAACAACAACAACUUCAUCAACUAGUACUCAAAAAUUAUCUGCUCUUUCAUCAUUACUUGAAUUUGGUACAUUACCAUCAUCAAAUCUUGGCGAUAUACGUCCAACUUGUCCUCCUACAAAUCCUUUUCCAUUUCCAUUUGUUACUCCUGGUCCAGGUGUUCCAUUUUCACCUCAAGCAGCAGCUGGUAUGACUACUUAUUAUCGACCAACAUUUAGUGUUCCACCACCACCAACGACAACAACAUCACUCGAUACAGCUCAACAAUCUUCAACAAUAACACUACCUCAACCAGUACCAAAAUCAACUUCAACUCAAUCAAAAAAAAAGAAAUCCAAUACUAAAACAAAUUCAACUGAAGUUAUUUCGCAAAAUAUUCUUGAUGAACCAUCACCGCCUAAAAAGAAAGUUCGUAAAACUAAUCCACGUGGUAAAGGAAAAACAAAAAAGAAUGAAAAUGAUGGUGAAAAUGAUGUUGAUGAAGAUAAUUCAUCACCAAUACCACCACCAUCAAAAACAACAACAGCAAAUAAAAAGAAGAGAAGAUUAAAGAAAGAUACUAAAACUAAUACAAUUACAAAUGAUAAUGAUGAAACAAAACCAACGAAUGGACCUACAAAUAAUACUUCGCAUAAUCUUCUUGCUCAAAUGGGUCUCAUUAAUAAUUCAUUCAUACCACCAACACCACCACCACCACCACCAUCUUCAUUACAAUCGUCUUCCUCAACGAAUGGUACAAAUUCGACGCCAAAUGCUCAACAACAGGCUCAAAUAGCAGCUAUGUACAAUAUGACACCACAUUUUGCUGCUUAUAAUACAUUUCCAGGUGCAUUCAAUCCAGCUUUUCCUGGUACUGCUUAUCCAAGUGGUUAUCCACCUCCAUAUGGUUUUCAUCCAGCAUUUGGUACUCCACCAACAACUCAACCAUUUCCAUUUAUCCCAUCAACAUCUACAUCAACUACAUCUUCAAUUACUAAUACAUCAUUAUCAACUCCUACGACGACGACAUCACCAUCGACAGGUGAUAAAACAACAGCUAUUGUUGUACCUGAAACACGACCAACAAAAUCAAGAAGUAAAAGUAAUACUGGUGGAGAAAGGAAAAAACCUGCUACUCCUCGAACAACGAAGAAAAAAGCAGCAGCUACGACUGUACCAGCACCAACAACUGACAAUGAAACAACAGCAACAACAACAAUACCAUCAACUGAAACAAUAAAGACUACUACAACAUUAGAAUCAACAUCAACACCACCAACAACUAAACGACGAAUUAGCGGUACAGAAAGUGAAGAUUUUGAUGAACAGAGUGAUGAACAACAACAACAACAAUCACAAACAACAAAUGGUAAAUCGGGUAAUGAAUCAGAUGGUUCAAUAGGUGCUGAUCGUUCAUUAAAUACAAUACAAUCAACAGCUACUUCUUCAUCUACAGCACCAGAAAAAAAAGGUGGACGUACGACAAUAAAACCGCAACAAUUAGAAAUUUUAAAUAAAGCAUUUGAAUCAUGUGCUAAACCAAAUAAAACUCAACGCGAACAAUUAGCUACUGAUACUGGUCUUAAUUUACGUGUUAUUCAAGUUUGGUUUCAAAAUAAACGAUCGAAAGAACGUAAAGGAAAAAUAUCAAAAGAAAAAGAACCACCGUUAGAUGAUGAUGAAGCAGGUGAAGAUUCUCAACCAUCUUCACCACAACCACCACCACUGCCCCCACCACCACUACCACCAGAACCUGAAACGGCACCUGCAUCUGCACAGGAAUCUGCUCCUGAACCAACACCAGUCACUACAAGUGAAACGUAA